AUGUCGGAAAAUAAAGCAAGUGAAAGUUCAAAUCGGAUUCGUCGUGAACUAUCAUCGCAAUCUGCACCAUCUUCUUCACAGAAACCUGCAGAUGCUAUACCUGCAAGAACGCUUUUCUUAGAUUUCUAUCACAUUAUUCGUGAUCUGAUCUUAUUUUUCUGUCGUCGAGUUAUAUUUGGACCACCGAUAUUCAAACUUUUUGUUUCAUUUACGAUUAUUGUCAUUGGUUCAUUGUUAAGAUCCUUCGAUUUAGCACCAAAUUCUUAUUUCUCAUUGAAAACCAACUUCUUCAAUCGAUAUUUCGCUAAAUUAGGUUGGGGUUGGACCAUGGGUCUCUUGAUUCCAUUCGUUUAUUUAACUCUCAUCACAACUCACAACCAAUACCAAAUCAUAACACGUCAUUUAUCACGUUUAUUCGUUGCCACUAGCAUUUGGUUUAUCGUCACUACGUUGUUCGCUCGUUUCGAAGAGCUUACAGGCAUGUGUAAACACGAAGAUUUGCGAAGUGCAUCGAGAAGAGCUUGUGUUAAGGGCGGACACGAAUGGCAAGAAGGUUACGAUCUCAGUGGACAUACUUUUUUACUUCUUUAUGCUUUACUAAUUAUCAAUGAAGAAGUGAAAUCUUACGAUAAAGGUACAAAAAAAGUGGAUCAAGCGAGUAGUGCAGCUAAUGCGAAAGGUGAUGCGUUAUCUGAGGUGAAACAUGAAUAUUUACAGAUAAUUUCGAAAGUGAUUCGACUAAACUAUGUGGCUUUGGCAGCAUUGACGAUUCUAUGGGAAUUCAUGCUUCUAUCUACAGCUUUGUAUUUUCAUUAUACAUUACACAAGAUAUUUGCAGCAAUGAUCGCAGUUUUCUUCUGGUAUAUUACUUAUUAUGUGUGGUAUCGUUUGGAAAACAGUCCACUACUACGUCCAUCGGCACCUAAAGAUUAA